AUGGACAUUACAACUACUGAACCUACAACAACUCAAACAUCAGUGGACACUACAACCACAGAAACCACAACAACUCAAACAUCAGCAGACACGACAACCACUGAAACUGCAACAACACAAACAUCAGCGGACACUACAACUACUGAAACUGCACCAACUCAAACAUCAGCGGACACUACAACUACUGAAAGUGGAACAACUCAAACAUCACCAGACACUACAACUACUGAAACUGCACCAAGUCAAACAUCAGUGGACACUACAACUACUGAAAGUGGAACAACUCAAACAUCACCAGAUACUAUAACUACUGAAACUGCACCAACUCAAACAUCUCUGGAGACUACAGCUACUGAACCUACAACAACUCAAACAUCAGCGGAUAAUACAACCACUGAAAUUGCAACAACUCAAACAUCAAUGGACAUUACAACUACUGAACCUACAACAACUCAAACAUCACCAGACACUACAGCUACUGAAACUGCAACAACUCAAAGAUCAGCGUCCACUACAACCACUGAAACCGCAACAACUCAAACAUCAGUGGACACUACAACCACUGAAACCGCAACAACUCAAACAUCAGUGGACACUAAAACCGCUGAACCUGCAACAACUCAAACAACAGCAGACACUAUAACCGCUGAAACUGCAACAACUCAAACAUUAGCGGACACUACGACCUCUGAAACUACUACAACCACUGAAACUGCACCACCUCAAACAUCUCCGGAGACUACAGCUACUGAACCUACAACAACUCAAACAUCAGCGGAUACUACAACUACUGAAAUUGCAACAACUCAAAAAUCAGCAGACACUACAACUACUGAAACUGCAACAACUCAAACAUCAGCAGACACUAAAACUACUGAAACGGCACCAACUCAAACAUCAGCGGACACUACAACUCCUGAAACUGCAACAACUCAAACAUCAGUGGACACUACAACCACUGAAACUGCAACAACUCAAACAUCAGUGGCCACUACAACCACUGAAACCGAAACAACUCAAACAUCAGCGGACACUACAACUACUGAAACUGCAACAACUCAAACAACAAAGGACAUUACGACUGCAGCAACUCAAACAUCAGCGGGCACUACAACUACUGAACCUACAAUAACUCAAACAUCAGCAGAUGCUACAACUACUGAAACUGUAACAACUCAAACAGCAGCGAACACUACAACUACUGAAACUGCACCAACUCAAACAUCUCCGGAGACUACAGCUACUGAACCUACAACAACUCAAACAUCAGCGGAUACUACAACUACUGAAAGUGCAACAACUCAAACAUCAGCAGACACUAAAACUACUGAAACUGCACCAACUCAAACAUCAGCGGACACUACAACACCUGAAACUGCAACAACUCAAACAUCAGUGGACACUACAAUCACUGAAACCGCAACAACUCAAACAUCAGCGGACACUACAACUACUGAACCUACCACAACUCAAACAUCAGCGGACACUACAACUACUGCAACUGCAACAACUCAAAAAUCACAAACAUCAGCAGACACUACAAUCACUGAAACUGCAACAACUCAAACAUCAGCGGACACUACAACUACUGAAACUGCAACAACUCAAACAUCAGCGGACACUACAACUACUGAAACUGCAACAACUCAAACAUUAGCAGACACUACGACCACUGAACCUGCAACAACUCAAACAUCAGCAGACACUACAAUCACUGAAACUGCAACAACUCAAACAUCACUGGACACUACAACUACUGAACCGGCAACAACUCAAACAUCAGCAGACACUACAACCACUGAGAAUGCAACAACUCAAACAUCGGCGGACACUACAACUACUGAACCUCAAACAUCAGCGUACACUACAACCACUGAAAGUGCAACAACUCAAAUAUCAGCAGACACUACAACCACUGAAAGUGCAACAACUCAAACAUCAGCAGACACUACAACUGCUGAAUCCGCAACAACUCAAACAUCAGAAGACACUACAACUACUGAAACUGCAACAACUCAAACAUCAGCAGACACUACAACUACUGAGACUGCAGCAACUCAAACAUCAGCAGACACUACAACUACAGAAACUGCAACAACUCAAACAUCAGCAGACACUACAACUACUGAAACUGUCACAACUCAAUCAUCAGCAGACACUACAACUACUGAGACUGCAACAACUCAAACAUCAGCAGACACUACAACUACAGAAACUGCAACAACUCAAACAUCAGCAGACACUACAACUACUGAAACUGUCACAACUCAAUCAUCAGCAGACACUACAACCACUGAGACUGCAACAACUCAAACAUCAGCGGACACUACAACCACUGAAACGGCAACAACUCAAACAUCAGUGGACACUACAACUACUGAAACUGCAACAACUCAAACAUCAGCGGACACUACAACCACUGAAUCCGCAACAACUCAAACAUCAGCGGAUGCAACAACUCAAACAUCAGUGGACACUACAACUACUGAAACCGCAACAACUCAAACAUCAGCGGACACAACAACUCAAACAUCAGUGGACACUACAACCACUGAACCUGCAACAACUCAAACAACAGCAGACACUAGAUCCGCUGAAACUGCAACAACUCAAACAUCAGCGGACACUACAACUACUGAAACUGCAACAACUCAAACAUUAGCAGACACUACGACCACUGAACCUGCAACAACUCAAACAUCAGCAGACACUACAAUCACUGAAACUGCAACAACUCAAACAUCACUGGACACUACUACUACUGAACCGGCAACAACUCAAACAUCAGCAGACACUACAACCACUGAGAAUGCAACAACUCAAACAUCGGCGGACACUACAACUACUGAACCUCAAACAUCAGCGUACACUACAACCACUGAAAGUGCAACAACUCAAACAUCAGCAGACACUACAACCACUGAAAGUGCAACAACUCAAACAUCAGCAGACACUACAACUGCUGAAUCCGCAACAACUCAAACAUCAGAAGACACUACAACUACUGAAACUGCAACAACUCAAACAUCAGCAGACACUACAACUACUGAGACUGCAGCAACUCAAACAUCAGCAGACACUACAACUACAGAAACUGCAACAACUCAAACAUCAGCAGACACUACAACUACUGAGACUGCAGCAACUCAAACAUCAGCAGACACUACAACUACAGAAACUGUCACAACUCAAUCAUCAGCAGACACUACAACUACAGAAACUGUCACAACUCAAUCAUCAGCAGACACUACAACUACUGAGACUGCAACAACUCAAACAUCAGCAGACACUACAACUACAGAAACUGCAACAACUCAAACAUCAGCAGACACUACAACUACUGAAACUGUCACAACUCAAUCAUCAGCAGACACUACAACCACUGAGACUGCAACAACUCAAACAUCAGCGGACACUACAACCACUGAAACGGCAACAACUCAAACAUCAGUGGACACUACAACUACUGAAACUGCAACAACUCAAACAUCAGCGGACACUACAACCACUGAAUCCGCAACAACUCAAACAUCAGCGGAUGCAACAACUCAAACAUCAGUGGACACUACAACUACUGAAACCGCAACAACUCAAACAUCAGCGGACACAACAACUCAAACAUCAGUGGACACUACAACCACUGAACCUGCAACAACUCAAACAACAGCAGACACUAGAUCCGCUGAAACUGCAACAACUCAAACAUCAGCAGACACUACAACUACUGAGACUGCAGCAACUCAAACAUCAGCAGACACUACAAGUACAGAAACUGCAACAACUCAAACAUCAGCAGACACUACAACUACUGAAACUGCAACAACUCAAACAUCAGCAGACACUACAACUACUGAGACUGCAGCAACUCAAACAUCAGCAGACACUACAACUACAGAAACUGCAACAACUCAAACAUCAGCAUACACUACAACUACUGAAACUGUCACAACUCAAACAUCAGCAGACACUACAACUACUGAAACUGCAACAACUCAAACAUCAGCAGACACUACAACUACUGAGACUGCAGCAACUCAAACAUCAGCAGACACUACAACCACUGAGACUGCAACAACUCAAACAUCAGCGGACACUACAACCACUGAAACGGCAACAACUCAAACAUCAGUGGACACUACAACCACUGAAUCCGCAACAACUCAAACAUCAGCGGAUGCAACAACUCAAACAUCAGUGGACACUACAACUACUGAAACCGCAACAACUCAAACAUCAGCGGACACUACAACCACUGAACCUGCAACAACUCAAACAACAGCAGACACUAGAUCCGCUGAAACUGCAACAACUCAAACAUCAGCAGACACUACAACUACUGAGACUGCAGCAACUCAAACAUCAGCAGACACUACAAGUACAGAAACUGCAACAACUCAAACAUCAGCGUACACUACCACUACAGAAACUGCAACAACUCAAACAUCAGCAGACACUACAACUACUGAAACUGCAACAACUCAAACAUCAGCAGACACUACAACUACUGAGACUGCAGCAACUCAAACAUCAGCAGACACUACAACUACAGAAACUGCAACAACUCAAACAUCAGCAUACACUACAACUACUGAAACUGUCACAACUCAAACAUCAGCAGACACUACAACUACUGAAACUGCAACAACUCAAACAUCAGCAGACACUACAACUACUGAGACUGCAGCAACUCAAACAUCAGCAGACACUACAACCACUGAAACGGCAACAACUCAAACAUCAGUGGACACUACAACCACUGAAUCCGCAACAACUCAAACAUCAGCGGAUGCAACAACUCAAACAUCAGUGGACACUACAACUACUGAAACCGCAACAACUCAAACAUCAGCGGAUACUACAACUACUGAAAUUACAACAACUCAAACAUCAGCGGACACUACAACCACUGAAACUGCAACAACUCAAACAUCAGCAGACACUACAACUACUGAACCAGCAGCAACUCGAACAUCAGCAGACACUACAACUGCAACAGCUCAGCCAACAACCACUGAACCUGCAACAACUCAAACAAUAGCAGACACUAGAUCCACUGAAACUGCAACAACUCAAACAUCAGCAGACACUGCAACCACUGAAACUGCAACAACUCAAACAUCAGCAGACACUAGAACUGCUGAAACUGCAACAACUCAAACAAUAGCAGACACUACAACUGCAACAGCUCAGCCAACAACUCAUUUACCAGCUACAGUUCGUGUUAGCUUUUCCAGCGAUGAAAAUUUUGAUUCACAACUGUUAAAUUCAUCUUCUGAUGCAUUUAUUAAUAGAACAACUCUAGUUAAAAAAGAGAUUGGGCAAAUCUUUAAAACAAAAUUCAGUGCCACCUUCAUUAAAUUGACAGUUAUUUCAUUCAGUCCUGGAUCAGUCAUCACUGAUAUGGAAGUAACGUUUAGAAACAUACCCAGUGUUGUGGAGAUAACCAAUAGUAUUACAAAUGGUACCACCUCUUUUAACAUCACCAGUGUAAAUGUAACAACCACAACCAGUCCUACUACAACUACAACCACACUUAGUCCUACUACAACAACCACAACCACAACCAGUCCUACUUCAACAACCACAACCAGUCCUACUACAACUACAACCACAACCAGUCCUACUACAACUACCACAACCAGUCCUACUACAACUACAACCACAACCAGUCCUACUACAACUACAACCACAACCAGUCCUACUUCAACAACCACAACCAGUCCUACUACAACUACCACAACCAGUCCUACUACAACAACAACCACAACCAGUCCUACUACAACUACAACCACAACCAGUCCUACUACAACAACCACAACCAGUCCUACUACAACUACAACCACAACCAGUCCUACUACAACUACCACAACCAGUCCUACUUCAACAACCACAACCAGUGCUACUACAACUACAACCACAUCCACAACCAGUCCUACUACAACCACAACCAGACCUACUACAACCACAACCAAACCAUCCACAACUACAGCCAAACCAACCACCACACAAACAACAACAACAACGCCCACCACCACAACCACGACCACAACCACGACCACAACCACACUACCAGCACGUCCUCAGCCAACAGUAGCCUUACAGGUUGUCAUUAUAGUGGUAUUUGUUCCAGCGCUUCAAGACCAACAAAGUCCAGAAUUUAAGAACCUAGCCACAAAGGUAGAGGGUGAGUUUGAUGUAGUCUACAAAACAAAGUAUGGGGAUCGUUUCAUCAGGACCAUUGUGCUUGCUUUCAUAGCUGUUGCCAAAACCCGGGCAGAACAAAAUGUACAGGCAGAUGUUAAGUUAGUGUUUAGUGAAACGUCAACUGAACCCAUCCCCAGCAGCACUGCCAUUGUGGAGACUCUGAAAGAAGCAGUUGCAGCUCCAAACUCAACCUUCAACCUUAGUGUUGAUACCAACACUAUUAUUGUCGUUAAAUCACCGCAGACAAUUCCAGUGACAAUCCUGACUGAUGGAACCUUUGUGGCUGCUCUUUCAAAUAAAAGUUCACCUGAAUUUCAGAACAGGGCAGCAAUGAUAAAAACAGGGCUUGAACCUUUUUUCUUUGCUGAUUACCUUGGAUUUUUCAGUACCUUAACCAUAACAAGCUUCAGUGAUGCCAGUGUAAGAACAAAGAGUAUUCCCACGAUCCGAAACUCCAUGGAUCUUACAUUUACAGCGGAGGCCGUUCUACCCAAUAGCACCCAGAUAGUGAACACUAUAGUUCGAGCAGCCAAAAACAACUCGUUAUCCUUCCAGAUCUUCACAUCUGAAAUUGUGAUAAAUGGUACAGCAUUUUCAUCAGCUGAAGUCAGCAGCAAGAUCAGUGUGUUGACCGCUUUAGUCCUGGUUGCUGUGUCACUUCUGGUCCCAUGGUUUGAUUGACCAUAACUACACAUCCCAACAUUACUGAUUCAGACAGGUCUGAAUGUCUCCUUGCACAUCUGCUCAAGUGAAGGACUCAUACAUAAAGCUACCGAUGCUACUUAAUGAGUAGUAAUGAACGUACUGUUUUACAUAAGCCUAUUCUGAAAAUUUCGAACUUAAGCUAUAAUGUAUUCCAUUUCAGUUCUGGAUCUGUAUGUUCCUACAUGUUUUUAUAGAUUUAGGUCAGAACCCAGCAUUGUGCACUUUUAUAAACACGUAAAUUCACUACACUGGUUUGUAAACUCUAAAGUUUGCUGAAAUGCACAUUAUCACUGGGAUUAUAAAUGUGAUAACACAAGUUCCACAAUUACCUGCGAUUAGUUUUUAAGCAACAGUUUUUCCUUUUUUUUUUUGAUGUGAUCAGUCAAAUGUUUAAUGGACCAUUUCAUUUGAUUCUCAGUUUUAUGAAAUUGAUGACCUUAAAAUCAGCCAUCCUCGGAUCAAAACUAUCUACUCAGUUUAGAUGAAAAUACUCUACAUAUUAAAACUGAAGGAGGACAGAAACAUAACUACUAUGCAUUUUUAAAAUAAACACUACUAUGUACUGACAGAGGAAAAAAAGGUUCAUUUAAAAAUGAUAUAUCUCUUUAUAAUCACACCCAGACAUUUAUCUCAUGUACACAUACUUGCAGCUCUUCUGAAAGCGAACAUAAGCCAUGUAAUGGAAAAUCUGAGUCUCUUUUAUGCUGGCUGACUUUGAAGAGUCUGGAACGGGUUUUGAUGAGCAAAAGGAUGAAGUGUUUCAAUGAUUAUGAAACCUGUAAAACAACUUGGAAGAAUGAUAAAUAUCUAUAGGAUGUGACAUCAGAAACGUCUGGUGGAAAAACGCACAGAUAAGACGGUCUGAUAAUAUUACAUAUAAAAACCUGUACAAAACAAUACUUUGCCGCAGUUGGUUUUCCUCAUCUUCUAAGCAUCAUUCUUAGUUUGGUAACUACAUAAUAUUUAAGUCAUGUUUCAUGCAAAAUUAUCUGUAUCAUACCAGUAUUUUCUAAAUUAUUUAGCAAAAAAAAAAAUAUAUAUAUAUAUAUAUAUACCUAUCAAAUAUUUCUGAUGUUAAUUUAAUGAACCUAAAGGUCUUUUCUGUGAAUUCAUGAGAAAUGUAUUGAUUGUUAUAUUGUUCACACUGGAUGUGGUAAUUAUUUUUCUAUAACGGUUAUGCAUGCAGUAAUAUUUAUCACUUUUCUUAGGACAUGCUAAAUAAACUGUGGUGACACAACUAUGAUUAUGAUGGUGAUAAAUAAUAAUAAUAAUAAUAAAAAGAUAAUUCAAA